AUGCAGGCGAGUGUCCAGAGGCACAGAUUACUCCCGGGAGCGGAAAAAUCACGGUUUAGAGGAAAUGACGAACAUGAAGAAAGUGGAAGAGUCAAGAGUCGAAAUCAAGGGCGACUUUUAGAGGAAACGACCUUCAUGAAUAAAGUGCGAGUCAAGAGUCGAGUCAAGAGUCGAGUCGAGAGUCGAGAGUCGAGAGUCGAGAGUCGAGUAGUCGAGAGUCGAAAGCAAGGGCGACUGUGCAGGAACAACCCGGGUCAUCCCCUUGCGACCCGACAGAGGGCUCAGCGGCGAGGAGGGACACCCGACGGUGUAGACUUUAUAAAGAUUCAGAGUUACCUAAACACUCCAGUUUUUACUACUCUGUUCAAAGGUUACAGCCCACCUUUUUUUGUCAUUGACAGUUAUAGGCUCUUCGCAAUUUACUGCUCCUUUAAUUCUGCUUUACUGCUUUAUUUUCUCAUGGUCAAAGUUAUCGGGAAACGCAUCUCUUGUCAACCAUGCCACAGGUCUCAAAUGGACCCAACUGGAAUGUAUUGGUCAGUGAUUGAUGUUAUGUGUCAUCAUUUACCUUGUUACUUGUUAGAUGUCUGUGGUUCAAAUGCACAGCGAUAUGUGAGGAUCCAUUUCAUGCUGGGGUCGGCUGGUUACGUGACGAACCUGGAUGUUCCUCUGAAUGCAGAACGUUACACCAACCAGACUCUCACCUGUAAUUAUGACUUGGGCUCCGAAGAUCUCUACACUGUCAAGUGGUAUUUCAACGAUGAGGAGUUCUUCAGGUACACACCCAGUGAAGAUCCCAUGAUGGCAGCUUUCAACAACUCAAAUAUCCAAGUCAUUAUGGAAGAGUCACAGGAGAACAAGGUGGUGCUCCGUGAAGUGGACCUGACUGCAACCGGACAGUACAAGUGUGAAGUGGGCAGGGACUGGCCAGAUUUCACAUUUGAUGACAAGACAGCCAACAUGACAGUUGUUGUGAUACCCAAUGAGCGACCCAGGAUUGAAGGUGUUGUUGAUGGUCACUUUCGUGUGGAUGACCUUGUUAAUCUUAAUUGCACAGCAGCUCCUUCCAUGCCAGCUGCCACUCUGCUCUGGUAUAUCAACGAUGCUGCUGCUCCUAAAGAUGACCUGCGACACUAUAGUCACGUGAAGACUGCAGAUGGACUCUACGUUUCUACCUUGGGACUUAAUUUUAAACUUACCAAAGGACACUUCAAGCAAGGAGAACUGAAGCUGAAGUGCACAGCCACCAUUGCGACACUAUACCACAAAGUAGAAGAACAUAGCCAGGUCAACCCUACUGGCACUGUUGUCCGGGAACUACCAUCAGAAGGAAGUCUUGUUACUGCCAACGGUCCUCCCAGCUCAGGCUCGGAGACUAUGUGCAGUGGAUUGCUGGAGCGGCUGGUAGCUCUUCAUGUGGUCCUCCUCCUGUCAGUGCAUCUCCUGCGGUAGAUCCCCAAGUGCCAUCCAUCCUCGGCCCUUUCACCGGAUUCAAAUUUGGAAAGGACACUGAUGGUGAUGAGUGAUAUUUUGAAACUUAUGAGUUCAAGUGAAAAGCUUCGGUUUUACUACUUUUGAAUAACUAAUGGAACAGCUGUCUAUUAUGAAUUUAUUAACGUUUUUUUCUGUUAAUUUAGAUAUGAGUGUGUGUGCUUGAAGUAUGUGUAUAUGUAUAUAUGUAUAUUGAUUUAUGUGUG